UAUCUGUGAUUGCGAUUUUCACGUGCCCUGUUUCUUUCCUUCUUCAAAUUAUCUUUAAAAGGACUUCUUCUUCUUCUUCUUCGCUCUCUUUCUCCUGCACCUUCUGAUCAUCCGCUCCAAGAAUCCCUUUUUUUGCAGAGGAAAAAGAUAAUGGAAAGUUCUAACAAGCAAGCCGGUUCCGCUUCGUCGCUGACGGAUUAUCUUUUCGGUGCAAAGGGUUCAUCCCAGCCGUCAAAUUCUUCUGGGAUUUUCUCCUCAAUCUUCCCGCCUCCAACCCUGUGGUCGAUUUGAAGUAUGACUUGGUGAAUCGUAUGAUGCUUGAGAGUGCCAACCACCAGUUUGUGGAAAAGACUGUUGAAUUCAUGACAGCAACUUAUGAAACUUAUUAGUCCAUGGCUCCAUGCAUAUAUGAUGCCCUUUUUUAUGGCUGGGGGAAGAAAGUCUCCAACUUCUGACCUUUUGGGAUCUCUUGAGAAUCACUCAUCUGCAGGUCAGGCAUGGAAGAAAGGACUUCCAGAAUUUCAGGAUAGAGUGGAACCGUGCCCAUUGAGUUCGUCGCUUUACUAUGGUGCGCAAGAGGACAUGUAUAUCAAGUCAUCUGGUGCACAGUCAUUGGGAUCAUUGCCUAAUUACAACAAAAAGGAGGAUGGCGCCAAUGGAAACAACUUUAGUGCCCCUGGAGGAAAUUUGUGGGAAGGGUCAGUUUUUUAUUAAGACACUGUUCUGCCACAAAUAUGCAAAUUCCUAAUAUUAUCAAAGGAAUUCCUGACGCCUCGGAACAGAAUGGUUUAAAUUCAAGGAAGAUAAUUUAUUAGUUGUGAACAGGCUCUUGUGAUCAUGAACUUCAGAAGUUUUAUCCCCCGGUCCCGGUUCACUUGAUUACAUCUUAGUAGAACUUAAAAUAGUAUUGCACUCUUAAAAUUAUAUCGACUCUGAGAAAAAGAGUUUGUUUUUGUUGAAUGCAUGUCCUUUUGUUAUCUCUUAUGUGGUAUGUGACUGUGUGUGUGUCUCUGUGUAAAUCCCUUCGAAA